UGUUUUGUGUAAUGGAAAGGGUGGAUGCAAAUUGACUCCUUAUCCUCUUUCUUUCCUUCCUUCCCACUAAACAACACCAAACCAAAAACAGAGGACACUACUUUCACAAUUUUGGACUACAACUCAUUUUCUUCGUUCACAGGAAUGGCUGAGGCCGUCAUGAGUUUCACAGUUGUCAAGCCAAACAUCCACAGUUCCCUCCAAGCAACAAAGUUAGACUCGAACCCAACAUUGAAACAACUUAGGCAGUGCUCAAGCAUUGGAUUGAAAAAUGGCUGGCAUCAGAUUGAAGGCAGCAAGAGUAGAAGAGGGUCCUUGAGCAAAGUGAAUGCUUUACCAGAUUGGCCACUAAUGGCAGUUAUGGUGGACCAUAUGGAAGGCCAAAGAGACAUCAUAUUACAAAAGUCUGUUUGGCACCUCAAUAAUGAUGAAAUAAAGAAUGUUUAUACAUUAUACAUAAUGUUCACAGUUUGGGGAUGCUGCUUCUUUGGUGCCACAAAAGAUCCAUACUAUGACUCAGAGCAGUACAGGAAAGAUGGAGGAGAUGGUACUGGGCAUUGGGUUUAUGAGAAGUUAUGAUAUUAGUGAAACUGUACGACAAUUAUACUGUAGCAAGAAGAUAUGGAAGAAUCUGCCAGAGCAGAGCUGUGGCGUGAGGAGCUGAUUGAAGAGAUAGAACAGAAGGUUGGAGGGCUGAGAGAAUUGGAAGAGGCUGGGAAGAAGGAAAAACUUGUUAAAUGAUUCUUUUACAUCCAUCUCUGCAUUUGUUUCCAUUGUACUCAAUUGAUAAUGAUGUAUAUACCUUGUACACCGUGAAGUUUCACUUGAUUUUAUAGGUGGAAAUGGUUUGAGACAAAUAUGGUUCUCUCAA